AUGGCUGCCUUUCCCCACAUGACCAUAUUUUUCCUGGUAUCCUGCACAUUGACACAUGUUUUUUCAGACAUUUUCAAAGAUCAUGACCUCACUAAAUGGCCUAAGCCUCCAUGUAAAAUGUACCACCCAGUGUAUCCCAAUUACGAGGCAAGAUGUCCGAAUAUAACUGCACCUGUUUGUGCUGAAAAUGGCCACACUUACCAGAAUGAGUGUUUCUUUUGUGUUGAUGAGUGGGAAUUCGGUAGAUCUCACAUUAAAUUUUUCAAAUAUGGAAAGUGUGAAUAA